AUGCCUUUCACGAUAGCGAAAGCCACGCCUGACGAUGCGGCAGCUAUUGCAAAGGUACUAUUGAGUGGUGGCACUGAAACUCUAAUGUACAGCUCCCGUUCUUUCACCGGUUUCGCAACGCGCCUGCAACUGGGCACUAUUGAUCCAGCAAUCCUGGAAGUCGACAUGACCGAGAAGAUUGCAGUGAACAUCAAAAAGCCGAAUCAGACCUGGAUCAUUGCUCGCGACGAGGAGAUGGGCGAAAUCGUAAGCUACGCACAAUGGGAGCUGCCUGCUGCUCACGAUGAGGUCGUUUCUGAGCCAGAUCCGAAUGUUUCAGACGAACAUUAA